GCUUCUCUUCCCGCUAGCUGUUGACAGAGACUCUUUGUCCCUCUUUUUCUCUCUUUGUGUGCGUGCGUGUGUGUGUGUGUGUGUGUGUGUGUGUGUGUGUGUGUGUGUGUGAGAGAGAGAAGGCUAAAUUUGUUACUAUGCUUUCGUACAAGUGUGUGAGCUUGUGCGCCCCUCCUACCCUCACUCCUCGUCGUGAACGCAUCACUUCUGAAUAAUUUGGCAUUGAGGCUCAGGAUCUGCUGCCCGCUGUAGGAGAGAGACGCACCGGGAGCCUCGAGGCACAAACUCACCGCCAGAAAAAUGACCGUCGAGAGGAUAUUCGACGAGCUCGGACAUUUCAGCAGGUAUCAGGCAUGUCUGUACUUUGCUGCAGUCUUCCAGGCCAUAGCCUGUGGAAUCCACUACCUGGCCUCUGUCUUCUUAGUGGAGACCCCAAACUUUGUGUGCGCUGGACCAGGCAACAUCACAGAUAUCCUGUACGGUAACCUGACAGGAUCUAGUCUGACGGACAUCCUGCCUGUCUUCAAGUCGGGGACGGGACCUCUGGUGGUGAGGACAGUUGAGGGGGAGCAGUGGGAGCUCAGCCGGUGCAGCUGCGCCCUGCGCAUCAACCCGCAAGACUUUACAUACGACUUUGAUGGCAAAAAAACAGUGAAAGCUUGCGAAGACUUUGUUUACGACCACACCGAGGUUUACCAGAGCAUCGUGACCGACUGGGACUUGGUGUGUGAGAGUGAAUGGCUGGCCAAGCUGUGCCAGCCCUCCUUCAUGCUGGGGGUGUUGAUCGGAGCGCUGGUGUUUGGGGACAUUGCUGACAGAGUGGGUCGUGUGAAGAUUCUGAUGAUCACCAGCGUCUGUCAGUUUGUGCUCGGAGUGGCUGUGGCUUUCUCAGGAAACUACUAUUUCUUUAUGGUUCUGCGAUUCCUCCUUGCCAUGGUCUCCAGUGGCUACCUUGUGGUGGUGUUUGUCUAUGUCACAGAGUUCACAGGCAUCAAGGUGCGCACAUGGACCUCCAUGCACGUGCACGCAGCCUUUGCUGUCGGCAUCAUGGUGGUUGCCCUCACCGGUUACCUAGUCAGGUUCUGGUGGAUCUACCAAAUCAUCCUUUCCACCUGCACCUCGCCUUUCCUCUUCUUCUGCUGGAAGUUCCCUGAGACGCCCUUUUACCUGAUGGCAAAGGGCCGCUACAAGGAUACUCAGACCCUGCUGGACACUAUAGCCCGCGUCAAUGGAAUUGAAAGCAGAAUGAAUGUGGAAGAGCUGCUGGAGCAGGAGGAGAAGGAGAACGGCAGACUUCUGCUGGAGGAGUCAAACGAGAAGCCGAUGCAGUCUGAAAAGAAGCUGUCUAUCCUGGAUCUGUUCCGCAGCUGGAGGAUGGCGGGCCGGACAUGCACAGUGUGGGCCAUCUGGUUCAUCGGAAGUCUGGGCUAUUACGUCUUCUCUUUGGGCUCAGUCAACCUAGGAGGAAACCAGUACAUUAACCUCUUCCUUGUUGGUGCAGUGGAGCUUCCCUCUUAUCUGGUUGGCUGUUUUGCAAUGGACCGGAUUGGCAGAAAGAAGACUUGUGCCCCAGCCCUGCUCCUGGCCGGGGUUGCCUGUAUGCUCAUCAUUGUUGUACCUCCUGACAUCGAGAUUCUGGCCAUCGUUUUGAGCAUGACAGGAAAGUUUGCCAUCGCCAUUGCUUUCGGUCUCAUCUACCUGUACACGUGUGAGCUUUACCCUACUAUCAUCAGGUCUUUGGCAGUGGGCAGUGGCAGCAUGAUGUGCCGUGUUGGCAGUGUGGUCGCUCCAUUCUGUGUGUACCUGUCUCACGUCUGGGUCUACCUUCCUCAGCUAAUUGUUGGAAUCCUGGCCUUCAUCAUUGGAGUGCUGACAUUGUUGUUGCCAGAGACUCUUGGCAAACCUUUAACAUCCACCUUGGAGGAGGCUGAGGCCCUGGGACGUGAGCCCAGCAAGAAGAGCUCAGCGCCAGGCGAUAAAGAUGCUGAAGAUGGGUUGGAGAUGAAUCAACAUUACGCCAAAGCCUAGAUGAGAGACUUGAAGAGAGGAGCUAUUGAGGAAAAAAAUUAAUAAUCCAGACGCUGGAAACACAAAAGGAAAUACUUGCAGAGUAAUAUGACAUUACUGGAUGUUUAAGAUUCAAGAAGUAAGCUGCAGAAGUUUGGACCAAAGGCAUUGAUGAUCUACAACCAUUUAGAGGAGUGGUGCUCACCUCAUUUUCAUUUGGUAGUGAACUACUAGUGUGUUAUAUUUUAUAUCAUAGCCCAUUGUGGCACUUUAUUUUAAAGGAGUAAAACAAAUCACGACAAUCCUGUACUCGCAUUCAGUAUUCAAUCCUGGACACUUCAGUAGUGACAGUAUAAUUUUUUUUAUGAAUUGUUAUCAUUGUCAGUGUUAUUUUAUUUCAUUGGACAAAUAAACAAUUUGGUGAAAAACUGAA